CUCCCGCAUCAGCGAUGAUGACAGUGGCGACAACACUGGCGGUGCUGCUGUGUACAUCCACCAUUCUCUCCUCCACUUGCAGCAGCACGUCGACGACCGGACACGCCGGGCUGGCUGACUUGCCACCGUUGCUCGAGUUUGCGAAUGGCACGGCCGUGUCUACGCUUGGCGCCCUCGCGCAGCGGAAGGAGGAGAUCAAAGCGUUACUGACACAAUACUUUUACGGGGAGUUCCCGACGCAUGUGCCGCCGCUCACUGGGGUGCGACUUGUGUCCAGCGUCCUGACGCAUGAUGGUGGCGUGAACGACUCCUUUGUGGAGCUCUCGUAUGCAACACCCACGGCAAGGCCCACGCGCGUGGUGGUGGAGGUCUUGCGGCCUGUUCGGCACUGCACAGCAGUGAAGCCCUGCCCGGUGUUUAUGACACAGACGAACCAUCGACGCUGGGCCGUGGCAGGUGUUCUGCGCGGCUACGUGGGCGUCGUGUAUCCGGGAGCAGACUCAAACGACCAGACAGACGGCUUUCGCCUCGCAUAUCCUGCGGCAACCUGGGGCCUAAUUGCGCGCCGUGCCUGGCUUGGAUCUCGCGUGAUCGACUUUGUGGCGAGUGCGCUGCCGGAGGGCAAUGCGUCGCAGAUUGUCGUCACCGGUCACUCUCGCAACGGAAAGCAGUCCAUGAUCCUUGCCGCCUGGGAUGAGCGCAUCACGGCCGUCAUCUCCAGCAGCAGUGGCGUUCCGGCCAUGUCAAACUACCGCUUCAGUUCCGCGUACACCUUCAGCGAGUCGCCGUCGAGCGGCUGGCCGAGUCCCCCAGACAACCUCAACUGCUCGUGUGUUCGAGACAAGCACGAUCCACGUCCCAAGGACCCCAGAUGCUGCUGGUGGCUGCCAUCGCUCGUGGAUUUGGAAGGGAAAGAGAACACCAUCCCGAUUGAUAGUCACGGCCUGCUUGCCCUCAUCGCCCCUCGCUUCUUCGCCAGUGAAACAGCCCACAAUGACCCCUGCGAGACGUCGUUUGCCGUGGAGCGGGCGUAUGUUGCUGCCAAGAAAGUGUACGCUUUCCUCAACGCCACGGACAAGCUGCAUGUUGUCUGGCGACAGGGUCAGCACCAUGGCUUUGAGCUAAUUGAGAACUACUUUGAUCUCUUCGACACUGCCCUCGGUCGCGGGCGACUGUCUCCCAAAGACUUUCCAGAGGUGCUGCUGCACACGUUUGAUUGGGCGGCGUGGAAUGCGACCACACCGUACCAGCCGCCGCCACCUGCCACCGCUGCGCGGCGCGAACGCAUUGAGUAUGGACUUGGUCGGACCUCCUCACUGCCGGCGGUCGCGUGGAGCCCGGGCGGGGAGUACGGGCUGCUGUACUUUGAGUACAUCCAGGAUAUGCUACGUGAGGGCACUUCAUUGUAUGGCGUGGAUCCUGACACGCACGUCGCACACAUGGCAAUCAACUUUGGUGCGUAUGUACACGGCAACAUCUACUGGGACACGAAGCAGAUGUCCCCUGGCGACAACAAGUCCCACCCAGCCAUUGUCUACCUUCACCCAUACUCCUACCAGGGCGGGUAUGUUGAAGACUACCCUCACUCCUCGGAGCCGCUGUACUCCGCACUCGCACGGGCGGGGUACGUUGUGCUCGCGUACAACCAGGCCGCCUUUGGGCUUCGCAUCGACGACAAGCGACACUUCUACGACCGCGCGGCAAACGCGGAAUGGAGUCUGCUUGGCCGGCUUGUCGCUGAUGUCUCCUCUGCUGUCGGCGCCAUUGCCUCCAACCAGACGGGGGACCACCCGGAUGGCAUCCCCCUCAGCGACAUGUACGGUGGCCGGCGCUACCCGACUGUUGAUCCUUCCCGCGUGUAUGUCGCUGGCUACUCUCUCGGCGGCAUUGUUGCGCUGUAUGCGGCUGCGCUUGAUGCGCGCAUUGCUGGCGUGGCGUGCGUUGCCGGCAUCACGCCACUGCGCAACGCAUCGCUGGACCGCACCACGGGCUCGCACGCUCGCCUGUAUGAGUGGCACGCCCUCCAGCCACGCCUCGGCUGGUUCGUCACCCAUCACGCCGAUGGCACUGGUGAUGAUGGUGAUGGUGGUGGUGAUGUUGGCAGUGAUGGUAGUUCCCACUCAUUCUCCUCCUCCGCUUCCUUUGCCUCCUCUUCUUCACCAGACGGUGUUGACGGGGCUGGCGGUGGUGCGCGUGCACCAGUGCUGUCGUCGUUCCCCUACGACUACGACGACCUCCUGCGCGAAAUGUCACCACGGCCCGCGCUGGUGGUGGCGCCGCAGCGUGACCGCACCGCAAACGUGCACGCGCUCAACGCGUUACUGUCGCGUGUGGAGGGCGAGUUGCCUGCGCUUACGGUGGAGCGGCCGGAUGAGGUGAACAUUCUCAACGACGCCAUGGUCGCAAUCGUGACGCAGUGGGCGCAGCAGCAGCAGCAGCAGCAGCAGUCGUAGCGGCUAUGGCGGCAGCCACUGGCGUGUUACUUGAGAAGGGCGACGCACGGCUUGCGUGUGUGUUUGAAUGUGAAGCGUCAUUCUGUUACCCAGUUACAUGCCAGCUCUGGUGUUUGUUAUUGAAGAGGCAAGAAGAGUAGAGCACGUGUUACAUUACUCUUGCCUUUGCUUGUUUGUUCGCCUGGUCUACACUGCACUGUGACUGUGAUGCUAUGCUACACCUGUCUGGUUCUCUCAUGGUGUGGUGUGGGCUGUAAGGAAAAGGAGG